AGUUAUAUAAAUUAUAUACAUCAAUAUAUACAGGUCUGGCACAUGUCUGGCACAAUUUUUUCCAGUGAAGAAAGCGUUUCAAAGAAAAAGAAUGGAUUCCAUCUUAACCUGGCUUUUCAAAGUUUAGAAGAAAUACCUGCAGAUAUCAUAAGGAAGCAUGCAUGUCGAACCACAUCAAUUGAUUUGAGUUACAACAAUUUCAAAGAAUUGCAUUCGUUUUAUGACUUUCAACGACUUCACACCAUAACAAUCGAUCACAAUGCACUGGGCUGCCAUGUAGCCUUUCCUGUCCUGGAAAAAUUAAGGCUGAUUUCUAUCAAUGCAAAUCAAAUUAACAACCUCAGUAUCUUUAUUACAAGACUGAGUCAAGAUGUUCCAAAGUUAAAAUAUCUUAGUAUGAUGAAAAACGAAGCUGCUCCAAGUUAUUUUAAUGGUGGGACGAAAGCUCAAAAUCAGGAUUACAGACAUUUUGUGAUCAGUCAUUUCGCUUACCUGGAAAGCUUAGACGGUGAAUCAGUCACUGAGCAGGAGAAAUCUGAUGCGUAUGAAAUAUAUGGACGAAGAUGGCGAAAAAAGAAGAUAGCACCAAGUCGUGCACUGUGAAAUGAUCAAGAUAUGUUCAAAAUAUUAUUAAGCUAUAAUUUAUAUAUAUUUUUACCGUGCUGGUCACUAAGUUUACUGUUACACUCCUUGAACUGCAACUAAAAUAUUUUUGUGUACACAGGUUCUGUCGGAGCAAGAACGUUUGGGUACAGAAACGUUUUAAUUUAAUUCCGUAGGAGAAGUUUUUGUCUUCCUAAGACUCUCUGCUUCUAAAAUACAUAGCUCUUUCUCUUUUGUUGUGUAAAACGUCUUAAAAGUUCUUAUUUAUAUUUGUGCAUUGUUGUGUUACGGCCCUUUCUCAUAGAAACUAAUUGGGUUUUUUUUGCAUUCUUUACGUAGCUGAUUUAUAACAAACUUAUUAUUAAGAGUUGAGGUUUUAAUUUAGGUCAAAGUUAAAGCAACUAACCAGCCUGAAAAAAUUGGUGCAAGAAACCUUUGUACAAGAAAGAAAUUUGUUUUCUAAAUAAUGUGGUAAUUCAAGAAAAGAACACAUCUCUUGUGAAACAUGUGAUUUAUGUAAAAAAAUCUUCGCUUUAGGACAUGGCCGUUACAUUCAAGUUUUAGGGUGCUAAACCAAAUCUUCUUUCACGUUUGCAGCAACUACCACUUCAACAGAGGUUGUUUCCCCAUCUUCAAAGUUUUGGUUGUAUAUCAAUUUCUGCCGUUCUACCGAACACUUGAAAAUCUCCACUGCAACAGCGAAGCCAUUGAAUAGGCGAUUCCUCUAUAAAUUCUGUCUCAACUGUAAAGAUUUUUUUUGGAAAAAUUUAAGUUUCAUGUUUCUUUUAUAUAUAUAUAAAAUAUUUUGUUAAAAGAUUUGCGAUCAAUUAUUUUUUAUGAAUAUUAUAAUAAUAUAUAAAUGCAUUAUUUUGUGUCGUGGAGGUGGUUUGUAAAUUUUAUAUUCAAUAAGGUAACACCUCGCAUAUACUUUUAAUGGAAUUGGAUAAGUGUUAUGUUUUGUUGUGAACAUCCAUUAAAAAAUGUAUAUGUAUUAAAUAGAAUUCAGGGAUUAAUUACAAAUCGCAAGGA